AUGCUAAUCUCGACUUAUGGAAACUUUGGUCUCGAAUCUCGACUUAGAAUAUGGAAGAAUAUGCAUGUCUCGACAACCUCGACUUCAUGCCUCGAGUCUCGAAAAACUUAUGGGAAAACUUGGCACACCCACUUACAAAAAUUGGCACCGCCUACUCUACUUAACAACUUAACAACGAUAAACUUGUAUCAAUGGUCACGCCCACUUUUGUCUAUAAAAGCUCAGCUCAGAAUGCCAUCCAUCAAUCAUUUUAUCAACUUGGAGAACUUAGAAGAACUUUGGUCAAUCAAUAUGAUGCGCCUUCGCAACAAUGUUGAAACAACUCCAACUCGAUUGGACCGUUGGCUGGAUCAUCACUACUUUGGAUGGAAUUGCGACGACAAAACUCAAUUCGAAGCAGGAGUAGCAAUUGCUAAGUUAAUGGAAACUGGAAAUGCCGAACUUGAAGUUUUGACUGCCAAAAGAACUUUGCGACGACCAGCAGGACUUGCAGGAUUUACUGAGCUACCUUCCAACAAGGAACUGAUUAUGCCCAAUUGCACUGUCGACCGUCACUACUGGAACAAAGGAGUUAAACUGAUACGACCUGAUCUACCUUGUAUGCUAUUUGGAAACCCGCUGGAACGUGAAAACCGACAUGGAUUUCGUGGAUCAAGUGCUAAAUCAUUACGUCGCAACCGUGGAAAGGCUUGUUGGAGGCAAGGAGAACGACACUAUGAACUGAUCCCACCAGAAAGAAUUUAUUGGGUCAACUCUGAACAAACAGCACGUGAAAGUGAACAAUACUCUGAACAUGGUAGUGCUCAACCGGAACAUGACAUUUGGUCUGAUGGGACAUUUGAUGGAGAACAUGCUACUCCACCGCUGGCCGCCAACAGAACUUCUACGCCUGUGCAAAAUGAAUUUGGGACUCGAGAACUACCAACUAUACCAAUCUCACCAGUGAUGGUAUACCGAAAAUUUGCAAACAACGUUGAACCGUUUGAUAAUGGUGGAUUUAACCGAUUGGACUCGUCUAUACCAACAGAACCUAUGGCUGGAACAACUUUAGGCAAUAACCGCAACGCCAAUCGCAACGUGCGCCGAAAUGCUCAGCCAACUACUCAACAGUCAACUAGAAACUCACAGUCGACUACAAUUCGUGGAAUGGAUAAUCGCCCGCAGUCGACUACUAAUCACUCACGUUCAACUACUCAACCGCAAGUGCCUACAAACAAUUUGCCACGACAAACUAACAUGCGAUCGAACUCGAACAUGGUGCAACAAUCACAAGCAGAAACUAAAUGCCCACACUUGACAUGUCGUCAACAAGCUCCACUUCAUAUAAAGCUAAUUUUUCACCACGAACGAUCGUCAACACAAUGGAAAGUUUGUAUCAACGAGAACAUGAUCAUCGACAGAACACGUGAGAAUCAAUACUGUGGCACUUCUGCCGAACAAUGUCAAUGCAUGAUGUCGAUGAUGGAAAUGAACGAUGAUGAAGAGAAGGAAGAACAAGAAGUGGGAAGAAGAUGAUAAUCGACUAAAAGUCGAUUCUUUGGGGCGGGAGUGUCGCCGACAGGCGACGAAUUUGUCACCUUUUUCAUAGGUUUUACACUGUCUCCUAAUUUUACUUAUAUUUUUUCCCAUUUCUCUAAUUACUAUUUGAUUUUUACUCCUUUUGUCAGUUGUACGUACUAUUUCCUUCUUUUCACAUAUUUUGUUGCUAACCACGCCCAUCUCUUCUUCGGCUGGUCG